AUGCCAGCCACAAUUACUGAGUCUGCAGCAAAUCCACAAGAGAAACAUGGCCUUUCGGCGAACUCCAUCGCUGGGCUCGCCAUGAUCCCCAUCGCCGUGCUAUUCAUCAUUGCGGCGAUUUUCAUAUAUUUCUGGUUGCGCAAGCGUCGCAGACAUGCUCCUGUCAUUCGUCACUUGGGGACCACGCCUUCCCCACCAGCUGUACCAGAGAAGGAUGUUGGUUCGCCGAUCAAUUCUUUCGAGUCCAUAUUCUGCGGAGGGAAAGUGCACAACAUGGCUGCGAUAAGCACUCCGAUUGUGCACACGGGCUGGAUCGCAUCGUCACGUCCUCACGUAUACCCUUCGGACGACUCGGCGGUCCAUCACAACCCGUGGGACGACCAGCUUCCGAGGAACUCGGUAGACAUAACGACAGCUAGUCUCCCAGCGCCAAAGGCAACAGUUGGGUCAGGGAACGACAGCCCUAUCGAUCGCAGUAGCCCGUUCAGACUGAAGAGAGGCGAUACGAGGAAGAGGAGUAGUUUGGAUCCAGAUGUUAUGAGUGCGUGGCCUGCGCCGCCGCAGCCAACAGCGCAGCCAGCUCCAUUGCAGUUUUCACGAACAGGAAAGACCUAUAUGGAGCGUAGGUCCAUCAGCGCGGAGUACUUUGCGCAGGAGAAAGUGAGCCGUGGGGCGCAAGAGUAUUGGGAAAAUAUGGGACUUGAACUAGGCCCUGAUCCAGGCCCGACGGUCAGGUCGCUAUGA